CAAUAAUAGAACAGAAUAUGGAGACGCUCGAGUCAAGUAGACUGUGCAGACUGUGUGGAAAAUACACACCCGAUUUGGCAUUUGAUAUUUUUGAUGAGAAGGAAAAUCAUGCCCGGAAAAUCAACGCCAUUCUUCCCAUUUCAGUAAUUAAAUUGAUAUUUAUCGAUUCUUUUAGUAAACAAUAGUAUUGAAGAAUUUGACUAUAUUUUUAACUUUUUGACUAGCUUUCUUCAUUAUCUUUUCUACUGCAAUAAGGGAACAAAUGGGGGGAGAAGCUAUGAUUAAAUAUCAGAAUAGUUCUCUCGCAUUUAAUGUUAUCACCAUUAAGUAUUUUUAUUUUAUGAAUUCUUUCCUGUCACGCAUGUGAAAGCUAAUGGAUAGCCUAAUGAAGUGAUUUUUUUAACACUCUGACAUUCUUCCUCCCUUUAUUAUUGUUUUUUCUUUUGCGAUUUAUUCUUUAGGAUUUCAUUUAGCCCGGUUUCAAGAUUUCCUCUUCAAUUGAUUCAGGGUAUCAGCUAAGAAAAAUAUAAUGUAGUCCGCAUGUUAUUUUUGAAAUAUGCAAACGUGGGGUCGUAAAAAAAUGCAUAUGACCAACAGAAGGAUUGAUUUAUCUCUCCAGUAAUUAAAAAAAAAUUCAAGCGUUUUUCUUGUUCUCCACUAUCGCAUUUCUUCUUUGCUUCUUCACUCCUUUCGCUUGUGCUGUUGGAGAGAAAGUGGCCCAGGAGGAUAGGAGCACUAAAUUUCUAGCAGUCUACUGGGAAAUGAAAAAUCUAAUUGACCAAUGAGUCGAAGGAGGAGAGAAACUUCCAAUUAAUGAAGCAAUCAAUCUCUAAUUCGGAAGACUACCAGUGUGAAGACCGGGAGACUGCUUAUUUCCAUACAGUCUAUAUGAAUUAAACAAAAUCAAGGGGUUCACGAGAUGGAUUUCCUUCCAAAAUUCAUGUGCUUUUUCUGUAACUACAAGCUGGCAGAAUUCUAUAAAUUUUACAACAAGUGCCUGCAAGCAGAUGAGGAGUUGAAAAGCCAGUUAUCGUGGAUGUCCCCGCAGAGUGCUGACGAAGCAAAAAAAACCGAACAUCUUCCAAUGGUGGAGAUUAAAAAAUAUAAAAUUCAAGACGGUCUAGAUUUUAAUGUCGAUAAAGACCGACAUGACACAGCGAGAAAGGAAAAAGAACUUAAUUUGAUCAAUAAUUUGAGUUAUUCGAAUGAUUCUUUGACCACCGGGGAUACAAAGUGUACGCACCAUCAUUUGAAUUUGAAUCACGAUGACAUAAACAUGAAAUUGAGUUCAUCAAAAAAAAUGACUAGUCAAUGGAGACUUUUUUCAGAAAAUCAUGUGCAGAAGAAUAAUUCGAGUAGUAAUUCAGUUAUACGCAAAUUGAGAUCGAAUAGGAGCAAGAAAUCUCCACAUAUAUCGGUGAAAACGUCUGCUAUUGGGUCGUCAAACUCGAAAAUCAAUGCCAUGUGGGAUUCUAAAUUAUUGAGGGGAGUUGAAGUGAAAGUGGAAAAAAUUAACGUUGAUAAACCUGAAUUAUUUAGGAAUCCCUGUCACAGGAAUCAGUCUCACAUUUCUAAAACACGUGAACCGAAAAAUUGUAACGGAAACUUUGUCAAGUGGAGAGUAUGCAAACGAAAAUGUAUGAAUACCUGAAGAUAACAGUCGCAAGAAAGCUCCCAGCAAAUCAUGACGUUGAAAACAAUUGCGUCGUCAAACAGAGAUCCAAAUGAAUGUCAUUUUCAGAAACAUUUUAAUUUUAUAAUAAUGUGUGGAUAAUUAACUAGGCAUUUUGGACCAUUGUGACCUUUAUUCUAUUCUAUCUGCAGAAAUCGCUUUGAAAUUUUCUAGAGUGAAGAGAGUUUUACACGAUCCAAUGAUGAUUGAUGCAAUUUAUUGGCUCAAUUUUCCAGAAUAAUUCAAUAUAAAUAAAUAAAUAAAGUUCUAUUGUGUGAUUUUUA